AUGCCAGCCAAUAGGAUGGCUCGGAGCAUACCCGUGCUAACACUAUUUCUGCCCACGCUGCUCGGACAGACCUACACACGGCUUCACGUGUGUGAGGUGGUGAACAACCAGCCCUGCUGUCCACCUCAGCAAGUGAACCGGCACGUCGGCGAUCUGUUCGAGGACCUGCGCGAUGGACUCAACCUCAUCUCGCUGCUGGAGGUGCUUUCUGGCGAACACCUCCCGCGCGAGCGAGGCCGCAUGCGUUUCCACAUGCUCCAAAAUGUGCAGAUGGCACUGGACUUCCUCCGGUACAAGAAGAUCAAGCUGGUCAACAUCAGGGCAGAGGACAUUGUGGACGGCAACCCCAAGCUGACCCUCGGGCUGAUAUGGACCAUCAUUCUGCAUUUCCAGAUAUCAGACAUAGUCGUGGGCCAAGAGCCCAACGUGACGGCCCGAGAGGCGCUCCUGAGCUGGGCCCGGCGAUCCACCGCCAAGUACCCUGGCGUCAGAGUGACGGACUUCACCUCGUCAUGGCGAGACGGGCUUGCCUUCAACGCGCUCAUACACAGGAACCGCCCUGACCUGAUAGACUGGCGUAAUAUCAGGUCAAGACAAGUUCGUGAGCGCUUGGAGACAGCAUUCCAUGUAGUAGAAAAAGAGUACGGAGUUACCAGACUGUUAGAUCCCGAAGAUGUGGACACCCACGAACCCGACGAGAAGUCCCUAAUCACCUACAUCUCGUCUCUAUACGAGACGUUCCCGGAGCCUCCGCCCGUGCACCCGCUGUUCGACGCCGAGUCGCAGCGCCGCGCCGCCGCCUACACGGAGCAGGCGGCCGUACACCGUGCCUGGCUCCACGAGAAGUGCGCGCUUAUGCAGGACCGUGCUUUCCCGUCAACUUUGAUCGAGAUGAAGAAGCUGCUCAGUGAGAGCACGCGUUUCCGCAACGAGGAGGUGCCGCUGCGACAGCGGGAGAAGCAGAAGCUGUUCCACCACUACAGGGAACUGGAGAAAUACUUCGAGUCGGUGGGCGAGUGCGACAUCGAGCCGACGCUGCGACCGGACGCGUUGGAACAGGCGUGGGCGCGACUGCUGAUGGCGCAGCAGGAGCGCGAGCGCGACCUGGCCGACGAGAUCCGCCGCCUGGAGCGCCUGCAGCGUCUGGCUGAGAAGCUGCACAGAGACAUCAAGCAAACCGAGAGCGGUCUAGACAACGUUGAACGUCAUAUCGAAGCCGAGAUACACCGCGUGGAGCGCGGAGUGCACCCGGCGGAAGCCAAGAUGGCCGCCGAGCAGAUCGAGCAUGACCUACGCGCUAUGGAGCACACGCUCCAGGAAAUGUUCCAGGAUGCGCAAGCGCUGAAGGAAGGGAGAUACCCGCAGGCCAGCGAGUUGCACAGGAGAGUGCAGCAAGUCCACGACCGCUGGCUAAAUGCCCGUCAAGCCUUCACCGGGCGUCUGGUCCCAAGACUGUCAUCAGUCCGCCUGCCAGUACAGCAGACCACCGUCCGUAGAGAGACCAGGACUGUACUGGAGACCAGGGUGUUGGAUGCCGACCCUAGCUUCCACCAGCUUCAUGAAGCCGCUAGGUGGUGCAAAGAACGACUGAAAAAACUACACGAAGCGGACUACGGCUCCGAUCUGCCAUCAGUUCAACACGAGUUGGACAAACACCAGAGAGAACACAAACAAAUUGACCAGUUCCAUUCCAAGGUCGAGCAGUGUGUCCACGCAAGAUCCAGUUUCAGCGGCGAAGAGCUCGCGCUGUACAACCAGCAUCUUAGCCAGCUGCAGAAGCUGUAUGCUGAACUGCUGUCUACUAGUACUAAACGCAUGUCCGACCUAGACGCUCUCCAAGAUUUCUUACAAUCCGCCACAGCCGAACUGAACUGGCUCAACGAGAAAGAACAAGUGGAGCUGUCCCGAGACUGGGCCGACCCACACAUCAACCUGCCUGCAGUACAACACUAUUAUGAGCAACUGAUGUCUUCGCUGGAGAAACGCGAGCUCCAGUUCAGCAACGUAAUCGACAGAGGAGAGGCCCUGAUCGCUCAGCACCACCCGGCUACAAAGACGAUUGAGUCACACUUGCAGGUGAUGCAGUCGCAAUGGGCGUGGGUUCUCCAGCUGACGCUAUGCCUCGAAACCCACCUCAAACACACCACGCAGUACCACAACUUCUUUGAGGGAGUGAAGGAGGCAGAGAAAUGGAUUCAGAAGCGCGAAGAAGCCCUGAACACCACCUUCUCCCAAUCCGAAUUCACGCUGGACCAAGGAGAACGCCUCCUCAAAGGCAUGCAGGACCUUCGUGAAGAACUAAAUGCCCAUGGCAGCGCCGUCUCGCGGCUGGUAGAAGAAGCUCAAGAAAUCAGGCCCGUGAAGCAACGGCGCUCGCCGGUCACCCGACCACUGAGAGCCGAGACCGUGUGCGCUUAUAAGCAUGCCAAUGUGGCCAUAGAGAAAGGCUCGUCAGUCACCGUGACGGACAACUCGGGCCGCGUGCGUUGGCGCGUGCGCCUCGGCGGCGCCGGCACGGAGCUCCAGCUGCCGGGCGCGGUGCUGGCGCUGCCGCCGCCUUGCCAGGAGGCCGUCGACGCUGCUGCUCGGCUGCGCAACGCUUACGAUAGGGUGAUCCAGCUCUGGCAACGCAAACAGCUGAGGAUGCGCCAAAACAUGAUCUUUGCCACCAUCAAGGUGGUGAAGGGAUGGGACUUCCCGCAGUUCGUAGCAAUGGGCUCGGAACAGCGUCAAGCCAUCCGGCGCGCUCUCAACGAAGACGCCGAGAAGUUGUUAGCAGAAGGCGACCCCGCCGACCCACAAUUGCGGCGCUUACGCAGAGAGAUCGAUGACGUCAACCGCCUGUUCGACGAGUUCGAGAGGCGAGCUAGAGCUGAGGAGGAAUCCAAGAAUGCCGCGCGCAUCUUCACGGAGCAAUCUUCGAACCUUCUGGAACGUCUGGACGUUCUGGAGAGGCAGCUGCACGAGAGAAUCGCCAGCCAUAUCCCACGUGACCUGGACACGCUGGAACACCUGGUGCUCCAGCAUAAGGACUGGGAGAGCAGCUUGCAUUCCCUGUCGAGCGAUGUGGAGGAGGUCCAGGCUACUUUCAGAG